AUGUAAUUGAAAGAGAAAAUAGGUGAUGGCUUUUCAAGCGAUCUCUAUUUAUGUGAGUAUUAAAACAAAUAGUGCGUAGUAAAGAUCUAUAAGCAAAAUUAUUCUGAUAAAUUGAGAUAGAAGGAAAUCAAAAUAUUGAAAAGUCUAGAUCAUCCUCAUAUCAUAAAGAUUGUUGAUCACCAUCCUGAUUACAACUACUUUGUCUGUGAAUAACUAAAGACUGAUUUUUAUACUAUUGUCAAGAAUGGGACUAAAUUCGAUGUUAGAACAGUGAAGUAGAUUCUACUAGAAUUAGGCGAAACCAUAUAAUACCUUCAUAAACUUAAUUAUGUUCAUCGGGAUAUCAAAUUAGAAAAUGUUAUGCUUAAUAACCACUUACAAAUCAUCCUAAUAGACUUUGGUUUUGCUGAUAUUGUGGAUGACAAAAAAUAAUACAUCAGAAAUUGUGGAACACGUAAUUAUAUGUCACCAGAAUUACUAAUUUCUGAAAAAUAUAUGCAAUCAAAUCUGCUGAAAAAAUCUGACAUUUUUGCACUGGCUGUCCUAAUAUUUAUACUCCUAUAUGGAUUCCCUCCAUUCUCUGAGGCCUCCCCAAAUUGCCCUUAUUGGAAGAUCAUCUCGGAUAAAAAAUGGAACUCCUUUUGGAAACUAGUCAAUAGAAAUAUCAAAAUAAAUGACGUCCUAUUUUAAGAAUUAUUUGAAAAAAUGAUAUCACCUGAUCCGGAGAACAGAUAUACAAUUGAAUAAGUACUCGAUCAUCCAUGGAUUGAUGGAAACCACGAUCUAAGCUAAUUAAUUAAUAUUAUUUGA